UGGUAUUUAACAAUGCUAAUUUAUGCUUUAAUUGUAUUUAGUGAGGAUGUCAGACUAUAACACUAUAAAAAUGUAUAAUAGCACAUUUUUGAGGAAAACUGUAAACUUGGCAACCCUGGCUUUUUUCAAGCUUCCUUGUCAACGUUCUACUAAAAAUACGGCGAGCAGUGGAUUCAAAGUUUGUGUUGAUUUUGGAUUUUCUUUAACGUUGCCCUUCACUUAUGCCAGUCAAAGCUAAAACUGUCGCACUAGUAAUCUAAUUCAUGUAUAAAUAUUGUAAUUGUAAUGAUUGAAUGAAGAUAAACAAUGGCUGAUGUUGAAGAAACUCUCGUUCGCAGCUGUACAGACUGGAUGUCGCAGCUUCCUCCUUCACUCCACCAUGUUCCUUUAUGGAAUCUCGCUAUACCUGGGAGCCACGACACCAUGACUUACUGCUUGGACAAGCACAGUCCAGUUCUGCAAUCAGAGCCCCUGGUCCUGAGAAUGCUGGACCACAUUGUUCCCUGCAUAAUCCGACCGUGUGUAAAUAAAUGGGGAACCACUCAGGAACUCACCCUUUCCAGUCAGCUGGAUGCAGGAAUUCGAUUUCUUGAUCUAAGAAUUGCCCACAAAGCCAAAGAUUCUGAUGUGACCUUUCACUUUGCACAUGGAAUAUACUCUUUGGUUACUGUUAAGGAGGCACUAACUGAUGUGGCUUACUGGUUAGAGCAGCACACUAAAGAAGUAGUGAUCAUUUCUCUUUCUGCUUUUGAUAAUGUGAACCCUGACCAGCAUAACAACCUUAUUGUCUUUCUGAUGAGAAUCUUUGGCACGAAACUUUGUCCCAAAUCGGUAAUUCCGUCCCUGACAGAAUGCUAUAGUCAUGGUUAUCAGGUUAUCCUCUCGUACGCUGACCCUUCUGCAUCUGGACAUUUGGAACUUUGGCCAGCUUGGGAUUACUGGUGGGCCAAUGAGUCAGACCCAAAGUUGGUUAUUUCUUAUCUUGAAAAUAGGAAGGUGAACGUAGGGAGACCAGCAAAUAGCUUUUUUGUGGCUGGUCUGAACCUCACUGAAGAUGCUAGAUAUGUUCUUCUUCAUCUCCGACAGUCUAUGAAAAGCAUGACGCUCCAAGCCUACACUCUGCUGAUGAACUGGGUCAAACAGCAGUGCCCUGGCUCCCAGACAACAUGCCUUAACAUCAUCUGUGCAGACUUUGUUGGGAUUUCGCAGAAUGAGUUCUCUCAGAUAGUUAUUGCACUGAAUAUGCAACUGUUAAAACAAAUCUCAGGGAUUUUUAAAGAAGCUAAUUAAUUUUAGCUGAAGAGUUUUAAAACUCAACAUCAAAAUUCUUCCUGGCUCUUUAAAGUUCUAUCCAAAGCCGCAAUCAUAGCACAGAUGCUCAGGAACUGCUUAGAAUACUUAAGUGCUGAUGUUAUACAUACUGAUUUAGGAAUGUUCACCCACAUUUGCUUGAUAAAUGCCGUUAAUUUUAAGAUGUUUUGGGCCAUACUUUAACAAAGCUGUGACUAAAAAGAAUUAUACAAGUUUACAUUUAUAUGUAGAAUUAAUUCUAUAGUUUGAAAAGUUGUUAAAGAUGGAGCCUAUAUGGAGUUUUUAAACUUAUCAAUUUGUGUGUUAAAUACACAGUUGGACAGUUCAUUAAAAAUGCUUAAAAAUUAGUUUCAUCUGUCUACUGAUUUAUAGAUUUUACUCUUUUGUAACAUUGAAUGAAAGGCUCAGUACCUACAGGAAUACAGUGCAGCUCAAAAGCUUUAUCAGAUGAUUUUUGUGUUUGAGGAUGUUCUUAAAUCCGGUCAAAUUGCAAUUAAUAUGAAAAACAUGUUGCACAGAAACAAGGUGUCUUUGCGGAUGACUUCGGCUCGGCAUUGUACCUCACAGUAGUUACUGAAUUUUGUAUUUUGGAAAUAUCUGUAGGCUGUUUACUAUGCAAAUAUUUUGAUAAUAAAAAAUAAAGAUAAUUUUGUUUAUGUGAAUAAAGAGCAUAUUUAAGA